GACAUACAAGCACAAAAGUCUUUCCAUCUGAACACACUGGUCGGGAGAGCAUGCAAAGAGCAACGUGCCUGAGUGAGAUAGAGAAGACUUACACAUUUCUCUGUAUGCUCUUUUUGCUUUUUUCAUAUAUGCUUGCCAACCCAACUUCCUGAUUCUCCUAGACUAGAAACAAAUCAUUGAAGUUUGAAGGAAUCGAAGAGGUUAUAUAUAUAGGAAGCAAAGCUUAGAAGAGCAACUAGUAGCUAGUUCCUGAAAGUAAUAAGAUAUUUUGAUGCCCGAAAUACUAAUGAUUCAGGGCUUGAAAGUGAGAAGCCAUGAGAAAAACAGUGCACACAGAGAUGUAGCCAUUAGCCAACCUUUUUGACAAUGAUUUAGGUUCUCUUUUCUUUUCCUAUGCUUUCUUUCACUAUUAUCCUCUUGCCAUUUCUUUCUACAAAAGUCAAGUUCUCAUCAUUCAAUCAAGUGUACCGCAUCUGAAGAAUAAGCAGAAUACAACACAACAAUCCAUCAUUUCGAUCCGCACAACCAGCUCACGGUUUCAAUCUCCACAAUCACCAUCCACCCAACUCAACUCUUGAGAGUUGCCAUAUAUAUAGCAAAGUGGGAAGAAAGCAAGGUAGGUAGCCAUGGAGCAGUCAGAAAAAUCGCUCACGAAAAUAUCACCACUAAGAUCAUCAUUUCCGAGAGAUCCACGUGGCUCACUCGAAGUGUUCAACCCAAACACUUCAGCUUUAGCUUCAACUUCAACCAACGCCCGCGUGCGUUCACAGCCUCUUUGGAAAUCGUGGACGGAGUCGGAAGAACCGCGCAAUGAAAUCGCUGCCACGUCGUGGAUGGCCAUCAAUCCGGCGGCCGGAGAAAGCGGCGAGGCGGCGCAGAGGGCGGCGGAGUGGGGGUUGGUGCUCCGGACCGACACCGAGACCGGCAAGCCGCAGGGGGUGGCGGUGAGGAACUCCGGCGGCGAGGAACCUAACGCCGCGAAACUCGCCGCCGCUGCUUCGUCAUCCAGGAAGAACUCUCAGAACUCCGCCAGAACUUCCGGCGACUCUUCGGACGGCGGCGGCGGAGGCGGAGGGAUUCCGAGAAUUUCGGAGGAUGUGAUGGGAGCUUUGUCGGCUUUUCAACAGACUUUCGUGGUUUCGGAUGCUACCAAAGCCGAUUACCCGAUCCUGUAUGCGAGUGCUGGGUUCUUUAAAAUGACGGGUUAUACGUCCAAGGAAGUUAUUGGGAGAAAUUGUCGUUUUUUACAGGGUGCGGACACGGAUCCCGAAGACGUGGCAAAGAUAAGGGAAGCAUUGCAAGCUGGGAAAAUUUACUGCGGAAGGCUAUUAAAUUACAAGAAGGAUGGGACACCUUUCUGGAACCUUCUCACUAUUUCACCCAUCAAGGAUGAAGAUGGCAAAGUUCUCAAAUUUAUUGGAAUGCAAGUGGAGGUUAGCAAGCACACGGAGGGGUCCAAGGAGAAGACGCUACGUCCAAAUGGAUUGCCCGAAUCCUUGAUUCGAUAUGAUGCACGGCAGAAAGAGAAGGCUACAAGUUCAGUAACUGAGUUGCUGCAGGCCAUGAAGCGCCCCCGAGCAUUAAGUGAAUCCGCAAGCCGUCCCUCCAUCAGAAAAUCAGGAUCUAGAUCUUCAGACGAAGAAAAAUUAGAACAAGAACAAGAAGAUGACAAAGAGAAAGCACAAAAAACAUUAAGAAGAAUAUCUGAGAGUGGAGCUUCAUUUGGACGCAAGUCCGAAGGAUCAGGAAAUAGAAUUUCAAUGGAAAGAAUCAGUGAACUGCCCGAAAAUAAACACAGAAACUCUCAACGACGUUCUUUCAUGGGGUUCAGGAGGAAAAGUCAGUCCAAUGAUGAAAGCAUGGAUAGUGAAGUCAUUGAGGACGAGAGCUCUGAGAGUGAGGAUGAUGAGAGGCCUAAUAGUUUUGAAUUAGAUGACAAAGAAAAGCAGAGGGAAAAGCGAAAAGGUCUUGAUCUUGCUACCACGCUUGAACGUAUUGAGAAAAACUUCGUCAUUACUGAUCCAAGGCUUCCAGACAAUCCUAUAAUCUUUGCAUCGGAUAGCUUCUUAGAGCUUACAGAAUAUAGUCGUGAAGAAAUCUUGGGAAGGAAUUGCAGGUUUCUGCAAGGACCUGAAACUGAUCCAGCAACUGUGAACAAAAUUAGAGAGGCAAUUGACAACCAAACAGAAGUUACCGUGCAACUAAUCAAUUAUACAAAGAGUGGAAAGAAGUUCUGGAACCUGUUUCAUUUGCAACCUAUGCGUGAUCAGAAGGGAGAAGUGCAGUAUUUUAUUGGUGUUCAACUUGAUGGUAGUCAACAUGUAGAGCCUCUUCACAACUGCAUCGCAGAAGAUACUGCAAAGGAGGGAGAACAAUUGGUAAAACAAACUGCAGAAAAUGUCGAUGAGGCAGUGAGAGAUCUUCCGGAUGCUAAUAAGAAACCAGAUGAUUUAUGGACAAAUCAUUCAAAAACAGUUCACCCGAAACCUCAUAGGAAGGAUGACCCUGCAUGGAAAGCUAUCCAGAAGGUCCUAGAAAGUGGAGAACAGAUAGGCUUAAAGCAUUUCAGGCCAAUUAAACCAUUGGGGUCAGGAGAUACUGGCAGUGUGCAUCUGGUGGAGCUACGUGGAACUGGUCAAUAUUUUGCGAUGAAAGCUAUGGAUAAGGGUGUUAUGCUCAAUCGUAAUAAGGUGCAUAGAGCUUGCGCAGAGAGAGAAAUUCUUGACAAGUUGGACCACCCUUUUCUACCUGCAUUAUAUGCUUCCUUCCAGACCAAAACACACGUUUGUUUGAUUACUGAUUAUUGUCCUGGGGGAGAACUAUUCCUGCUUCUUGAUCGGCAGCCAACUAAGGUUCUCAAGGAAGAUGCCGUGAGAUUUUAUGCAGCAGAGGUAGUGAUCGCAUUGGAGUACCUUCAUUGCCAAGGAAUAAUAUAUCGAGAUUUGAAGCCAGAAAAUGUGUUACUCCAGAGCAAUGGGCAUGUGUCCCUAACAGAUUUUGAUUUGUCAUGUUUAACAUCUAGCAAGCCACAGCUUAUAAUUCCAGCUACCAAUUCAAAGAAGAAGAAAAAGAAGAAACAGAAAAGUCAAGAGGUUCCAAUGUUUAUGGCAGAACCAAUGAGAGCAUCAAAUUCUUUUGUUGGCACGGAAGAGUACAUUGCUCCGGAAAUUAUAACUGGUUCAGGUCACACAAGUGCUGUGGAUUGGUGGGCUCUAGGUAUUCUAAUAUAUGAAAUGCUUUAUGGGUAUACGCCAUUCCGGGGGAAAACAAGACAAAAAACAUUUGCAAAUAUUCUUCACAAGGACCUUAAAUUUCCCAAAAGUAAACCGGUAAGUCUCCAGGGAAAGCAGCUAAUUUACUGGUUGUUGCAGAGAGAUCCUAAAGACAGAUUGGGUUCACGUGAAGGAGCAAAUGAAAUUAAACGUCAUCCUUUCUUCCGGGGUGUCAAUUGGGCACUAGUUCGUUGCAUGAAACCUCCUGAGCUUGAUGCUCCUCUCUUACCGGAAACUGAAGAAGAAAAAGAAGCCAAAGAUAUACAUCCUGGGCUAGAGGAUCUGCAGACAAAUAUUUUCUAAAAUAUCGAGAAACACAUGAUGAAUUCUUUGCGAUUUUGAACAAUUAAUGGAAUUUUAAUCCCUUGCUUCAGCGGUGCAAAGUUUGAUCAUGUUCAUUGUAAUUUAUGAAUGGAAGACCUACUAUAUUUUUCUAGAUUUGAUGCUACUUAAGCUGCCUGGCCUUCCAAUGGGGUAUUAGGGAUUGGGACCAUCAAGGCAAUUAGUCUAGUGUGGAAAUUUGUGUAUAUUUUUAGAAUAAUGUUGAGUCAUUUAAGACAUGCCUUGUAACAUCAAAAUUAAAUCUGUAUUGUUAAACCAUUUUUUGGAAAAUAAAAUACUUUUAGUGUGACUCAUA